GUAUCCUGUCAAUGAUUGACGGGGAAGUUGUGUUCGUGUUUGCAGGAUGAGGAAGUGUUAAAACCUUCCCGUUCGGCGCGUCAGCUCCAGGUCUGUGUUCGGAGACGGCAGAACGGCUCUCAGGUAACCCUGGCAACCAAAGACUACGACCAGAAAAGGUGACCUGCUGACGGAGAGAGGGACUAACCUGGAGCAGGAGGGUGGAGUGAUCUGACGUUCCAGUCUUACAAAUGUGGCACUAAACCCGUGGUCCUGAGCUCCGGUUGGGGUCGGAGGAACGUCCUUGAUGGCCUGAGGUCCCGCUGCGUCUCCAGCCAUGACCUACCUGGCUCACACGGCCCACUCCCAGUUCGGCGCCCUCUGGCUGUCCUUCAUUGGCUGGACGCUCACCACCAUGGCGCUGGGGCUGGUCCAGUGGCGGGUGUGGCAGGUGUCGGACCGGGGCGUGGUCACCUCGGGCGUGGCCUGGGUGGGGCUCUGGAGAGCCUGCUUCAACAGCCACACGGAGGUGAGCGACGGCCUCAGGGUCAUGUACUGCAGGUCCAUCCGGCUGACGGAGACCUUCACCCCCCCGGAGAUCGCGGCCGGGCAGGUUCUGAUGAUGCUGUCGUUGCUGGUGGGCCUUUGUGGGAACGCCAGCGGCGUUUACGCCAUGAGAAACGCUUACUUCGGCCUGGGGAGGAGCUCAAAGAUCAACCUGAGGUUCGUCACCACCGGGGCGCUGUGCCUGCUGGCCGCUGUGAUGUCACUAGUGCCUCUCCUGUGGAAUCUGAGCUCGGUCGUGACCAACCAGACCAUCACCUUCCCGCCCGAGUUCAAACUGCCCACGGCGCCGCAAUCGCAGAGCGUGGGUUGGGGCAUUUGGGUGGGGGUGAUGGGCUCGGCCCUGUCCAUCGUGUCUGGGAUCAUUUUCUGCUCGUACAAGUUACCGGUGAUGCUCCGGCCGAGGACUCUGCCUCUGAGAGAGCAGCUGCACUGGGACGGGUCCUCGGCAACGCCGGACACCCAGGGGGCUGUAGCCGUCUCCUGUGGGAGGGACAACCCUGCGUUUCAAUCAGAGGAACACCUGUGAUCGGAUGCUCAUGGAGUUGAACGGGUGAAAUUUCAGAGGACAUUUUCAUUGACUUUCUCAUACACUUCAGCGUAAAGACAUUUCCUGACUCUUAUGGGGUUCCUCAGGGCCCCAUUCUGGGAUCACAACAGUUCUGCCUUCAUAAACUACCACCAGGUAACUUUAUUAGAAGACGGAGCAUCUCCUUUCGCCUCUAUGCUGAUGACACAAAGCUCUAUCUUGCACCUUAACUAGUUGGCAAAUGUACUUUUCAGUGAGUGCCUCCCCCGUAGUUACUGUUGCUAACUUGGACAAUCUGUCGGGAUUACUUAGUUUGGACUGAUAGCUAAGCCAGGCAGGAAGGAGGGGGUCCACGGGAAUCCAGGGCUGUCAAACCUAGCAUAGCUUGUCUGGGAGGAGGGAACUGUGGUAAUCAGUCAGUCAGGUCCAGAUUCUCAAAGUCCCAUCAAGAAUUUGUGGGGUUUCUUCAUUCUCGUCGUCCUCUCCAUGAUGCCAGGAGCAUCUUCUAGCUGGGCACGAUGACAUUGAACUCUAAAAAUUGUACCAUAGUUCAGGUGCUGAAGGAUGAGAGGAAUCAGUCUUGCAAGAACUGAACCUACAACAAUUUUUACUUGAACACAUUGAGCUACACGGUCUGCAGCUCUUAGGCUUCAUGAGCAGUUUUCAGUUUUCAUUGCAAAGCAACACGUUGCACCAAACAACCAAACACCUCCAGAUGUUAGGAGAGACGUCUUCGAGAACAAGAGGAAGAACUGUCCUGGAGGAAACUGUACGAACGCUUUACUUCUUCUACCUUUAUUGUAGACCCGUCCCAAGGCUGAAGGAGUUCUCCACUUCCAAGUCCCACCUCAGGAGUAAAACUGCGACUCCUGAAGCGGUAGAGAGAGAACGCCAGGUGAACGUUUCCUUGGAUGUAGUCUUAGCGGGUCACAAGCCUCACAAGACCCGUGAACCGCCCUGGGAUUUUGAACCAGGUUGCAGAACCAGAACCAGCGUCAGUUUCUCCAGCCGACUGAUUCAACCCGCAGAGAGCUGAAAACAAGAGGGAUGUGCCUUUAUUAAGGAGUUUCGGUGCAUUUUUCUGUUAUUUUUCAUGGUUAUUGUUCAUUCAAAAGAUUAAAUACCUGUUUACCCGCAGCGCUGUUAAAGUCCCGAUUAUUUAAUUUUAAGUGUUUCAGCAGCCAUUUUUAACCGAGCUUCAGUCGGGCGUAUAAUAUUCUGGUAAACAUCGAUGAUGGUAACGAGGCAGGAAAACAAGCCUGAUGAUCCCGUCUCCACCACAAAAGACGAAUGCACCCCUAAUUAUGGAUGGAUUUGUGGUUUAACCACAAAUCCAUCCAUAAUAGAACUUAUACUUUAUUGUCACUAUGCAUGGGUACAGUGAGAUUAAAACAGCAUCACUUUUCCAGUGCAAGACAGUGCCAACAGAUACAAGAAAUAUAAAUAAUAUAAAAAGGUUAAGGUGCAUUUUUAAAUAGUCAAAUCGAGACCUGAGAUCCUAUCUACAGAUAAUUACACAUAUUUACACAUGCGGUGGACUAUUGCACAGAAUAUUGCAUAACUAGGGGUGAAUUAUUCUACUUUCCUCAUUUUUUAUCAACUUUAAAAUAAAAAGAAUGGAGUUACAUAAUUAAAAGUGUAGUUAAGUGUUAGUUCACGUUAUGAUAACUGAUGACGUCGUUAAUUAUCAGGGCGGGUUCAUGAGGACCUACUAGAGAACAGGUUGAGGACGUCGUCACUCAGCAGAUCCAAGUCAGCUUGUUCUGAAAAAAAUAAUCAUGAUUAUAAAUUAGAUUGUAAUUUCAUAUAUUGUUCAAUUUGAACACUCAGACUGAAAUGUUUCCUCUGUUCGUUGGAAUGCGGUCGACAUCAUUUGUGUUCAUACAACAGCGAAUGUUGAACUAGUUGGACUGAUAAGUAAAAGUAUACAUGACUCGGAAUCGAAAAAGAGACGAGAGUUUGAAUCAUGAGACCAGUUGCAAGACUGCUGACAGUUAUUGAUCCACCGACAUCGUCAUCCUGCUCAAACCUGAGUUCAGGUCAAUGUCUUAUUUCCAGGAUGAGACGCGUCAAGGUCAAGGUCAAAGCCAAGGUCCUUCCUCCAUGCAGCUGUGAGACUACACAACCAGCACUGCUCACAGUAGACCACAUAACAACCUGACAAUAAAUGUACAUAAAGGGAAAUAAUGUGCAAUAUCAUUCACUGCAACGUGCAAUUAUGUAAAUAUCCAUCUGUAAAUAUCCGUCUGUUAUUUAUUUAUAUACUAGUAUUUCUUAUUAUUUAUUUUUCUUAUUAUUAUUAUUAUUAUUGUAUAUACCAGUUUACUGUUUAUAGUGUGUUAUUAUUACUGUGUUAUUACUUUUCUACUGAUGCCUCUUGCUUUUGCACUAUCCCCUUUGCUGCUGUAAACUGCAAAUUUCCCCUCUGUGGGAC